CAGAGAGUGGUUCUUAAAAAAGUAACAGAUACGGAUAGUACGUUUAUAAAUCCACCGAAGUAUCAUAAUGACUAUAGAACAUGGAAGCAGGAAAUCGAGCUGUGGACAAAGGUUACAGGUUUGGCCAAGGCAAAGCAAAGCAUUGCGGUUUGUUUAACGCUUGAUGGCAAAGCAAAAGAAGUUGGAUUAGAAUUAGGAGAUGAUCUUGGCGGUGAAGACGGACUUGGUCAUUUGUUAAGAAAGCUUGAUACGUUAUUUCUCAAGGCCACUACUGAAAGUGAUUACGAGGCGUAUAAAAAUUUUGAUACUGUUAGAAGAAAACCAAGUGCAAGUAUGGCAGAAUACAUUGUGGACUUUGAUUCGCUUUACACCAAGAUAAAAAAGAGAGAGAUGGUUUUACCAGAAGCUGUUCUUGCCUUUAAAUUAUUGGACGGGGCAGGAUUGACAGAAAAUCAACGACCAUAA